CAGGUACUACAAUACUCAUAACCACAAUGUCUAACGUUUCUAACGAUUUGAUCUGGGCUCUUACUUCCCAACAAUCCACCUUCUUGGUUAAGCGUGCCGCUGUCACUUUGUCCAGAGACCCAUUGAACGUUUCUGGUAAGAACACCAAGACCUCUUCUGGUUUGGCCAACGACAAGGCCAUUGGUAUCUCUCAAGAGGCUGGUAGAAUCGUCGUCAGAUCCAAGGUUGUUAAGAACGCCAACAAGCCAUCUAAGAGCAUUGCUACCACCUCAUUCAAGCAAUACAAGUCUGCUAGAAAGACUGCUUUGGCUGUCUCUAACUUGGCCAAGGGCUACAGAGAUGACUUGAGAGCUGUUGCCGUCAAGAGAGCUUCCCAGUACUCUAGAUCAAACAAGACCAAGAAGACUUACGCUCCAACUGUUAGAAACUAAGGUGUCUAAUUCAUGAAUUUGUCAUUUCUGUAUAUCUUUUGUUCUGCUUGCAAGUAAUUGUAGUUGUUAAAAUUCCU